UUCGCGGGUGCCGGGUGUUGCUGGUUAAGAGUAAAAUGUCAAAACAGUCGCGUUGUUUCGUGAAUAUUUACCAGUUGGAGAAUCAGCAACUAGGAAAAGGAUUGAAUUUUGAACAAGGCAUUGAAGUUGGUUUGAAAUCCGCGAAAGAAACGUUGAAACAACUCGUGGGGAGAAUUGUAAAGUCUUCUGCGCCGGAUUGUACAGAUAUCGACGGAGGAUUAUAUGUCGGCUCGGUUGGUAUUGCUUACGCAUUUUUGCAUUUAAGAGAAUGCGGGAAUUUCGAAUCUGAAAACCAGUCCAAUGAAUAUUUAAAAUUAGCGCACAGUUAUUUGCAUAAUUCAUUGCAAAAUUUGGAAAGGAAAAAUCAUCGACCUGACAGUUCUUUCCUGUUGGGAGAUGCAGGUGUUUUUGCAGUAGGAGCAGUAGCUUCAGCAGCUUCUGGAAACGCAGAUCAAGUUUCUAAAUUGUCAAAGAGGUACCUAGAUUUUUCCGAUCGUUACAAAAAGAUUGAUUUCCUAUCGUGCGGAUCAGAUGAAUUUUUUGUGGGGCGAACAGGAUAUCUUUUCGGGGCAUUAUGGUUGAAUCGUCGACUUGGAAAAACCGUUGUCUCUCCAGAAAUAUUGCAAGAACUUUGUCGCCUUACUGUUCAAUCUGGAAAAUCCUAUGCUCAGAAAAAUUCGAGUCCAUGUCCACUCAUGUACUCCUAUUAUGAUACAGAAUACCUUGGGGCAGCUCAUGGACUUUCUGCUAUCUUACAAGUUCUCAUUCAAGUACCAGGAUUUUUGGACAGUGAUCCUCAAUCAGAGAAGCUGGUCAAAGAUUCUGUGGAUUACCUUCUGGGUUUGCAGACUCCAGAAGGAAAUUUUCCAACUGCUUUAGACGAAAUAGCGUCUCCAAGAAAAGAUGAAGACGAGUUGGUUCACUGGUGCCACGGAGCACCAGGUGUCAUUUAUUUAAUGGCAGUCGCUUAUCAACGGUGGAAAGAUAAAAAAUAUCUUGAAUCGUGUUUUAAGGCUGGCGAAUUAGUCUGGAAUAAAGGGCUUCUGAAAAAAGGUCCAGGAAUUUGUCAUGGAGUCGCCGGAAAUGGAUACGUAUUCCUACUUCUCUACAGGCUGACAUCGGAUCGUCUUUAUCUUUUCAGGGCAGCAAAAUUUGCUGAAUUUUUGGUCGAGGCUCAAUUUCUUCAGGAAGCACGAAAACCAGAUUGUCCUUAUUCAUUGUAUGAAGGAUUUGCCGGUACUGUGUGUUUCCUAGCUGAUCUUAUUGAACCACAAAAGGCAGCUUUUCCAUUCCAGGAUGUGUUUUAUUAGAACAUAUUUAUAAAAAAAAAAGCAUUUAAGUUUUAGAACCUAUGCAAAAUCAAGAAAGUAUUUAAAACCGAAAUUUUAUAUUUAGAUUUUAGAACUAUGAUUUUCGUCCUUUUUA